AAACAAUCUGCGGAUGUGUUUUAAAGUCUAACGAGCUGUCUACUUAGACAGUUGUCCAUUAAGUCAGAUAUGAGAGCCUAAGUAAUAUAUAAUUGUUGAAAAUGUUGACUAGGCAGUUAGUUCACUAGGAUUAGAGACAGGCAUCGUAUUGUUUUCUGGUGCACAUGAGCGAUAAUGUAGUGAACAUUGAGCAAGCGCCCCUCCCAGCACACACACAUACCCUCAUUAGUGUGCACUAUGAGACAGUGAGGGAAGACUUGACUGCGACUGUGAAUCAUCGGUUCAAUUCUGACGAGAUGAAUCCUGCGUGCGCGCGCUGUGCAAAGAUCGUUUAUCCUACAGAAAAAAUCAACUGCCUCGAUAAGAACUGGCAUAAGGGCUGUUUUCAUUGUGAAGUGUGUAAGAUGACUCUCAACAUGAAGAACUACAAAGGCUACGACAAGAAACCCUACUGCAGUGCUCACUAUCCCAAGACAUCGUUCACAAUCGUGACAGAUACACCAGAGAACCUUCGUCUGAAACAUCAGAGCGAGUUACAGAGUCAGGUGAGAUAUAAGCGAGACUUUGAGGAGAGUAAAGGCCGUGGAUUCAGUAUCGUCACAGACACUCCAGAGCUACAGAGAUUUAAACAAACACAAGAAAACAUCAGCAACGUAUGAUACAAAACUCACAUUCACUCU